AUGGGUUUGUGUAAAAAAUGUAACCAAAAAAAUGCUGAAUUUAUAUGGUGUAAAACAUGUAACGCAAAACGUUUUCAACAAAAUUUUGAAAAUUGGACCAGUGGAAAUAAUGAUAUUGACAAGUUCAUUCAAAAUACUCAGCUAUUAGCAAGUAAAUCUGAAAAAGUAUUAGAGUGGAUACCUUAUGACAGAUUUUAUGAUAUUGAAUAUAUUGCGAAAGGAGGAUUUGGUAAAAUAUAUAAAGCAAUAUGGACUGAUGGAUUCAUAACUAAUUGGGAUAAUGAAAAGCAAAAUUGGAAAAGAAUAUGUCAGGACAAAGAUGUAGCAUUAAAAAGUUUAAAUAAUUCAAAGAAUGUUACAGUGGAAUUUCUCAAUGAGAUAACAUCACAUCAUAAAAUUGAAGACAACUUUUCUAUUAUUAACAUUUAUG